UGUGAAGCUAACUCCAAGUCUCUCAUUUCUUCCCGAUUUCGUAAACUCCGCCAACUAUUGUCACUGUGCCCCCUUCAAAUUAACCUUCUUCUGCUUCUUCACUGUAACCAUUUCCCCUCCCUCAAUCUCAAUAGAUCCGUAGCGUCUUCCUUUUCAACAUUUUUUUUUAUCGACUAUGGCUUCUUCAUCUCUUGCGCUUCCUUCUGUUUCCCUCAGAAGGAGCUCAAUUUCAACUAGGAAUUUGGGUUUCAGGAAUGAAAUUUCAAGAAUUUCCCUCAAGAAUUUGGAUAGAGGAGGUAAGGUUUUCAUGAGCGUCGCUGUUGGAUCUCAAGCCACUGUCAUCGACGAUGCGCUCUUCAAAGAUUAUAAGCCUUCCCGGGCUUUCCUCUUUCCUGGCCAGGGUGCACAAGCUGUUGGAAUGGGUGUGGAGGCUAAAAAUGUGACUGCUGCAGCUGAAUUAUAUAAGAGAGCAAAUGAUAUUUUGGGGUUUGACCUUUUGGAUGUUUGCAUCAAUGGACCAAAAGAAAAGCUUGAUUCCACGGUUUUAAGCCAGCCUGCUAUCUACGUCACAAGUUUAGCUGCAGUUGAAGUUCUUAGAGCUCGUGACGGAGGUCAGGCAAUAAUUGAUUCUGUGAAUGUCACAUGCGGUCUAAGCUUAGGGGAGUAUACUGCUCUUGCAUUUGCUGGAGCUUUCAGCUUUGAGGAUGGGCUCAAGCUGGUCAAGUUAAGGGGUGAAGCUAUGCAGGAUGCUGCUGAUGCUGCGGAAAGUGCCAUGGUUAGUAUCAUUGGACUGGACUCUGAAAAGGUGCAACAGCUGUGUGAUGCAGCCAAUCAAGAAGUGGACGAAGCAGACAAAGUUCAAAUUGCAAAUUUCUUAUGUCCUGGAAAUUAUGCAGUCUCUGGAGGCUUGAAAGGAAUUGAAGCAGUGGAAGCAAAGGCAAAGUCAUUCAAGGCCCGAAUGACGGUUCGUUUAGCGGUAGCUGGUGCUUUCCACACUAGUUUUAUGGACCCAGCUGUCUCAAGAUUGGAAGCUGCUCUGGCAUCAACAGAAUUGAGGACUCCCAGGAUACCAGUUAUAUCCAACGUCGAUGCCCAACCACAUGCAGAUCCAGACACGAUAAAGAAAAUACUGGCUCGCCAGGUGACUUCUCCUGUUCAAUGGGAGACAACAGUGAAGACUCUGUUAAACAAAGGAGUCGAAAAGUGUUAUGAAUUGGGACCUGGAAAGGUUAUAGCUGGCAUUGUCAAAAGAAUGGACAAAAGUGCUGACAUUGAGAACAUUGGUGCCUAAGCACGAGCAUGACCUCUAAUUGCUCAAGCUGUGCCUUCCCAUCAAAGAUAUGGCAUAUUUUUAUCGCUGUAAGUUAAUAGAAACUCAAGUUCUGACUGAUUUGGAUGAGUGUGGGUCAAACACUAUUCACUAGUAUCUAUCUGUGAACUGGAAUUUUGAGCAUUGCAUUCACUCGGAUGAGAUCUAAAUAACACAACUUCGAAUCUUGUCUGUUGCCAAACA